GACAUUAGAGGAGGGGAAGUCUGCCUGGGAGACACACUGCACUUAAUCCAGCUGCCUGGGAGGGAAAGACAGAUCCUGAGGCAGUUUAGAGGAAGGAGCAGGCAAUUUUCAGCCCUUCUAUCUGAUACAAACUCAGUCCAUUUCUAACCACACACACAGGCUUUUACUCAAACACACCACACUGUGGCAGGUGGCCUCUGCCCAGAUCAGUAGCUGUGGUAGAAACCAUCUCAAGUGACUGACAGAGGUUUCAACUGAGGUCUGGAGCGUCCCUGACUGAGCGUGAGCAGAGUUAGGAGCUGGAGCUUUACUUUCUUUCCUAGUGCAGAGAGACCGCACGUCAGGCACGAGGCUCUCCACUCCUCCCCUCUUCUACUCAUCCUUUGCUUGGGCUCUCGUCCAGAGAAUGACUGGCUCCAGUGGACCCAAGAGGAGGAACACAGACUGAAGACAGAGCACACCAGCUCCAGCUCCAGAUCUGCCUGUCUGCCCUCCUACUGGGAUAGACUUAUACACUGAGGUUUUACAAAUUAGCAUCUACACCUUUGUGGGAUUCAUAGAUCUGAUUUUUUUUCUACCUUCUUUUCAUUCAUCACAUCAGAAAGAGUGGAUCUAAGCUGUUCAUACAGACAGACAAAAAAAAACAGACGGACUGACAUAUGGACAGAGGACAGUGAGCACUGCGGCGUGAAUGUGGCAAGUGGACUUCUCUUCUCCCUGGUUACUAAAACCAAACAAGGAUAAUACCCAAAGCACUACCCUGUCCACAGAGGUAGUGGGUGGAUGCAGCUUUCAGUCGACUGCUAUAGGGGAAAGCAGGGGCUAUAUAGAAGCUGCAGAGAUACACUGAGCCAAUUCACAUUGUUUUGAUCAUUAGAAAAUGGACUGCUACCUCCAAGCAAGCUCUUGUUGGAUUGUUAUAUUAAAGAUUGUAUCUUACUGAACAGUAUUUGCAGAACGCUGCUGAGCAAACACCUGUGGGCAAUUUCUUUUUUCCUAAGACCUUGGAGGCUACGUUGAGACUCUGGACUUGCAUGGCUUCUAAAUAGGCAAAUGUAGAAUGUGUAUAUCAAUGAUGAUGGUAGAGUGCAUACGGACUGUGUAUCUCUCACUGAUGCUGCUGUAUAUUGCUCUGCUGGGCAUGACACACACAGCACACAGCAUCAACCCAAGGAUACGUCUCUCCAACAAAGAGCUUUGGCAGCUGAACAGGACUUGGGUGUUCCAGAAACAUGGAGUGUCACUUCAACCCCAGACCAUGCUGCUGGAUGAGGGCCACGAGAGGCUUUAUGUUGGUGCCAAGAAUGCUCUGUUCUCUCUUAGCCUGGACCAGGUUAACACACACCAUGCAGAGAUCCAGUGGGCCAGUACAGACUAUCAGGUGGAGGAAUGUCUCAUGAAAGGGAGGGAAAAGCAAGAGUGUGCAAACUACAUAAAGGUCUUACAACAGUACAACCAGACCCAUCUGUUGGCCUGUGGAACAGGAGCCUUCAACCCUAUCUGUGCUGCGGUCAGAGUUGGGCAUACAUGGCAGGACAGACUGUUUGCUCUUGAAGAAGAGAGCAUUACAAGUGGCAGAGGACGAAGUCCAUAUGACCCCAACAGUCCCUGCACAUCAGCGUUAUCCAGAGGAGAGCUUUAUAUUGGCCUCUACACUGACUACUGGGAGAACGAUGGUGCUUUGUGUCGACUUAACAACCAGAGCUACACACGCACAGAAAGGAACGACAGAUCCCAGCUAAAUGAACCCAAAUUUGUUGGGUCUGCAGUUAUACCUGACAAUGAUGACAGAGGUGAUGAUAAAGUUUACUUCUUCUUCACUGAGCGAGAGAUGGAUGCCGAAGGUGUGACCAAGGCCGUUUAUUCCCGUAUUGGACGGGUCUGUGCGAAUGACCAAGGAGGACAGAGGAUGCUGGUGAACAGAUGGACCUCCUUCCUGAAAACUCGUCUGAUCUGCUCUGUGGCUGGACCCAAUGGCAUCGAUACGCACUUUGAUGAGCUCGAGGACGUGUUUGUGCUCAACAACAAGGAUGAGAAAAACCCAGAAGUCUUUUGCCUCUUUAGCACAACAAGUACGGUGUUUAAAGGUUAUGCAGUCUGUGUCUAUCACAUGGAUGACAUCAGAGCAGCCUUCAAUGGGCCUUUCGCCUUCAGAGAGAGACCUGAGCAUCACUGGACACCUUAUGAGGACAGAGUCCCCUAUCCUCGACCUGGAUCUUGUGCCAGUAAAGUGAACGGUGGUGGCUUCUCCAGCUCUAAGGAGUUCCCCGAUGAGGUCCUGCGUUUUUUGCGUUCUCACCCAGUGAUGUAUAAUCCAGUCCUUCCGCAACAUCAUAGACCAGUCCUAUUACAGACAGAACCAGGCAGAAGAAAGUUGACCCAGAUUGCAGUUGACAGAGUCCAAGCCCAAGAUGGACACUACCACGUUCUUUACAUUGGCACAGAUGACUCAGUGGUGUUUAAAUUUAUCACCAUCUACAACAAAGACACAGAUACUAUGGAGGAGGUGCUGCUGGAAGAGCUAGAAGUUUUCAGGGUAAAAACACCAGUGAGAGAGAUCCUAAUAUCACCUAAAAGGCAACAGCUGUAUGUUGGGUCAGAAGUGGGUUUGGCUCAGGUCAGACUGCAUCAGUGUGACCUCUAUGGUUCAGAAUGUGCUGACUGUUGUCUGGCCAGAGAUCCCUACUGUGCCUGGGAUGGUAUCACCUGCUCCAGAUACUACCCUGCUGGAGUCUACCCCAGCAGGAGCCGACGAUUCAGGCGGCAGGAUGUGCGCCAUGGCAACGCUGUCCAGCUGUGCAAUGGGCUGCAAAUUGAUGAUGAAAAAUGGCACAGAGCUAAAGACAGGCUGGUGUACGGGGUGGAGAGCAAUAGCACUUUAUUGGAAUGUGUCCCGCGAUCACUUCAAGCCAAGGUCCUUUGGUUCUUCCAGAAAGGAGGGGAGAACCAUCAGGUUCAAGGUGAUGAACGAGUUGUUGUGACCUCACAUGGGCUGCUGUUCUUACGUGUAAGAGGUUCAGAUGCUGGUGUGUACGUAUGUCAGACGGUGGAACACGGAUAUGUGCACACAUUGCUACGUAUCACUCUACAUGUGCUCAGAGGAGAGAAGGUGGAAUCAGCAAUCCACAUGGCCAAUGAUGGAGAUGGGGCAAAAGCAGCGGCUUUGUGUCACUCUUCCAUGGGUCCCCCACCACGCCCCAGCAUCAGCCCCAAAUCUCUGGCACCAUCCCUGGCAUCAGGCUCCCACUCCAGGCUGUGGUACAAGGAAUUCCUCCAGCUGAUUGGCUAUGGGGAUGCUCAAAAAGUGGAAGAGUACUGUGAGAGAGUGUGGUGCUCUGAUAAGAAACGUAAAAAGACUAAAAAAAAGUAUGUUCCUCUGGCUGGUGAGAAGAGAGUGAAAGGAAAGGGAGGAGAGAACUCCCACAGAGCUCCCAGGCACACCUUGGACACCUGAGGAGAACAGAGACUCACUGCACAUACAUACAUGCACUCACACACAGUCUAAAGGUCAGACUCGCUCAGUGUUUGCACCAUGUAAAAGGUUUUCACUUUGCUUUCGACAAGAGCAGUACAAAAAAAGAGAGAAAAAGAACAGUAGCAAGCUGCCUCGCUGUUGUAGCUACAUUUAUUACUGAGUAGUUUGACUGUGUUGUUUCCUCUUGUUUAAAAAACACUCUGCCUUUUUUUUGUCGUAUAAACUUAUUUUUGGCGCCGAUCAACAUUACAAACGUAAGUGUCAGUAUGGAGAAAGUGACCUGGAAGCAUAUGGACAACAGCAACAUUGCUUCAAAUCUGAAGAGACAUGUGUUAAUAUCCGCUCCCUUGGAUUGAUCCAGCCUACCCCAUCCCAGCUGUCAAUUGAAGUGCACACAGAGGCUGCUUUACUUCUAAUACAACGGUAAAAUCCAGCAAACUCUUACGGCACCUACAGUGCCAUAAUAAGUACCUUAUUUGUUACUACGGUAACUUAUUUUCGUAGUUUUUUUUUCUCUGAGUACUUUAGCUUUUUAGGUGUCAUAACUGGAGAAUAUGUUGUUUUUGAACAAUGAAAAAUAAUUUGAGCAUUAUAAUAUUGCUAUUUUGAUUAGACUGCAGUCAUGGCUUUGGGGUGUGUAGUUACAAUGACCACAAUACAAAGCGUGUUGUGAUGCCACUGUUAUGGAUAUUUGAGGCAUGUUUCUGUUACAGUUGCACCCUUGAUGAAAAUAAUUAUUAUCUAAGCACUUCUAAAAGUUUAUAAAUUGGAUGAAAUGUGAUCUUAGUAGUGGAUCUCAUUGUUGCUCUGUGUCUGCAUUUAUUAUGUGUCUACUAUUGUGAUCAAAUGUACCAACAGUAUUGUGUGUAUUGUAUGCUGUAUUUAUCUAAAAUUCAGGGUGGUCCUUAUGUGCAUAUCUGAUAAUUAUAACUGUGUAUUCCAAAAAUGAUUUAUCCUUCUCCGCUUCCUGACCUGUUCACCUUCUGUUUUCUGUCGUACUGUUUCUCUUUCCUCCUUUUGACACUCUUUAAAGCCACGUUAUGAUUUUGUUUCUCAUGAGUGAUGCUGUAGAUGGGCUUUACUACAAACAGUAAUGUACAUCACCAAAUUCCUCUGUGAAGAAAAACACCAAAUAAAUGAUAGGGUCACUAUCCAAGCAUAGCAUUAGCAAAACUGAUGAGUCGGUAUGUAUAUUCAGUUUAUCCUGGAAUGACACAAAAAGAAAUGAUCUUACAGUGAAGUAUACACCGUAGUCGUGUGGUAAUUACUCCAGAGGACCAUAUUUCUUCUUUAUUAUUUAUUUCUUUUCUUUUUUACAUUGUUUUGAUCUUUGUGGUAUGUGAUAAAAAAAAAAAAUCCACUUUUCUAUGUCAGGCCUUAAUGUCACUUAUCAUUCACCUUGAGUAUUCUUGAUAAAAUGUUGUGUCUGCUAUACCCCCCUAUAAAUUCUUGUCAUUAAAAAAAGAUGGACCAUC